AUGAACGCAACCUAUCUUAUAAUAUUCAUACUUAUUGUUUUUUCCAAUAUUAUUCAUUCACAAUGGAUUCCACGUAAAGAAAAUGGCGAAAAUACCAAUAUAUGUAAAAAGCUUAAUGAAUACGUUAAUUCAUCUAAUUCCAAAGAAGAAUUUCUUAAUUAUUAUGAUAUAAAAGCUUGUUAUGAAUUAGCACCGUACAAUAAAACAAAGGCAAUUCAGGUAAUAGAAACAGUGAAAGAAAAUCUUAAAGGGUUCUAUGCGUUACUAGAUCAAGCAAAAGAAGAACAAGAUUCAGGAUUUGCUUUAAGACCCAUUGACCUAAUAUCUGAAUUAGAUUUGGUGUUAAAGAAUAAUUAUUCGCACGAAUUUCAAUUUAUUUACGCUGUUGCAGAUCUUAUCGGAGAAUUGAGAGAUGGACAUACCAAACUGCAUUCUUAUAAUUAUCACAAAUACGGUUUUCAUCAAGGACUUUCCAUGUAUUCUGUGAUUAGGAAAGAUGGCACGCAGCAAAUUAAAAUUUUUAAUGACAUAAAAGAACCUAGCAACACCGAUUGUCAAGUUAUAGAUAUAGAUGACAAACCAGCGAUUGAUGUAAUUACAGAAUUUGCUAGAAAUCACACAAAUUUGGCAAGAGAUUUGAGUUCUCGAUUUAAUUCAGCCCUUGCAUCACUUGCUUUUAGAAAUGGUGAUUUUUAUAUCGCAGGACAAUUAUUCACAGUUAGAAAUCAAUUGCCAAAAUAUCCAAGUAUUUCUUACACUCUUAAUUGUAAUGGUAAAAUUUCCAAAAUUACUCGAGAAUGGCAAGUUCCUAUUAACAGUGUGCAAUAUAAAUCUCCAUAUAUUAAUGGGACUUCAGUCGGAAAAUCAACUUUAAUCUUUGAUGCAGGCAUUGCCGGAUUUUAUAUAUUACAGGACUUUGGCGUGGUCUUGAUUUCAACUGAAAAACCUUUAAAUAGUGACGUAUAUCGUUUUCUAACUAAUGUAACCAUUGGAUUUAAAUUACUUGCUGACAAAGGUAUAAAAAGGAUCAUUUUGGAUUUAAGUAAUAAUGAAGGUGGUCAAAUUUUUGUUGCACACUAUAUAAACAAACUCUUAUUUCCAAACAUACAAACAUUUCCAUUGGACUAUAAGGUUAAUAAUAUUUCUAUUCCAUUUAUAAAAGAAAUGUCAAAGCUUAAAAAGGAAAUUGGAAACAUAUUUAAUUAUAAGACAUUUAUUUCUGAAAAGACAAACUCUCCAUUUGAUAACGUUAAUGACUUUAUUGGAAAUAACGUUUAUAUUCGUGGUGGUGAUCAAGUUAGAUACACUUCAAGAGCAUUUUUUAAUGAUACAGCACUUCAUAGUGGGAUUCCAACACCUCCAAAACUUCCUUGGACUAGAAAAGAUAUUAUAAUUUUAACAAAUGGAUUAUGCCGAUCAUCAUGUGCGCUUAUAACUCAAAGAAUGGCAGAAAUUAAUGCUUCUACCAUAGCCGUUGGUGGAUUUCCGAAUACUCGGUUUUCUUUUGCUCAACGUGCUGGUGGAGAGGCAACAGAUACUUCAUACAUUAAAACUUUAUUUAAACAACUUAAAAAUCUUGAUAGAUCCCUAGUUACUAAAUUAUCUCUUCCUUCAGAUUUAAAGUUGUCUUUUACUUUAGCUGAAGCCUAUAGCAUUAAAAAUCCAGAAGUUAUGGAUUUUGCUUUUAGACCCGCAGAUUAUCAAUUGUACUAUAAUGAACAGAAUGCUAGAGAUCCAAGUCAUUUAUGGAUAAAAGCUGCAAAAUAUUUCAAAAAA